AUGCAAUUAUCUGUUGCAAAAGGCAAACAAUCACAUGCAACAGAGGACUGGUUCGCUUAUAAAUCACAUCGGAAUAGAGUAACAAAAUCAAUCAAAAUUGCAAAAAGUAAAUAUAACAUAAAGGUUAUUGAGGAUUGUGGAGGUAAUCCGAAAGCAUUCUGGCAAGCAAUUAAGAAAAUUAUGCCAGGUGAAACCAAAGAUGU